CAUCAACGAUAGCCCACCAUUUUCAGUAUCACAAAAACGCCUAUCCCAGUGUUUGCAAACGAAGUCACCCACAGAUACAAACCGAAAACUCACAGGAAAACGGAAAAAAGAUGGCUCCGCUAGACCUGGAGGAGAUCCUCAAAAAGCACAAAGCCGCAAAGGCCGAGGCGGCAAAACCACGCUUCAUCCCAAGAGGCCAGCGCAAAAAGAUGGAGGAAGAGAAGAAACUAAAAGUGGAGGAAGAGCAGAAGCGGCAACAGGAGGAACUGCAAAAGACACGGAGCGAGCUGCAAAAGGCGCGCGAGGAGCUUGCGGGACUUCAGCGAGUGAGGCGCCAGGAGCAAUCAAGGAGCCGGGAAUCCGAUCACUCUGUCCCUACAGGACCCCGCGCCAUGCGCUCGUACGACGAUGACAGUUUCAACGGCAACGGCAACGGUAGCAAUAGCAACAGAAACAAUAACAACAACCAGAGAGAUCGACAGGAUGCGAGCACCAAAACCAACGGGAGUCGAACUGCAGAGGAGGUUCAAGAGGAGAAGAAGUACCUUGAGAGGUACACUGGCCCACCCGCCAAAGUCAGCACGUUCUCGGCCAACAAGAAGCGAAGACGUACGACGGACCAAAAAUUCAACUUUGACUGGGAUCCCAAGGAUGAUACAAGCCAGCCCUGGCGCUACGAGGAGACGGGCGCUCAUGAGCGGAGUGCCAAUGGGGCUACGGAGCAAGUCAGGAGAAAGAAGGCCACAAGGGAUUACAACGACCCUAGGCUUGUGCCUUGGCAAGACAAGGAGCUCUCUCAGAUGACGACCAGAGACUGGCGUCUCUUCAAAGUCAACCUCGAGAUUGUGACAAAGGGCAACAAUAUUCCCAAUCCAAUGCGUUUCUGGGAGGAGUCCAACCUGCCUCACGUACUUAAGGAUACCAUCAAACAGGUUGGCUACACUGAGCCAACCCCGGUUCAGCGUGCUGCCAUCCCCAUUGCCCUUCAAUGCCGAGACUUGAUAGGAAUAUCAAAGACCGGUUCCGGUAAAACUGCAGCUUUCGUUUUGCCCAUGCUGUCUUACAUAGAGCCACUACCUCCGCUCAACGAGGUUACAAAGACAGAGGGUCCAUAUGCCUUGAUUUUGGCACCUACCCGAGAACUGGCAACGCAGAUCCAAGCUGAGGUUAUCAAGUUUGCGACGCGCAUGGGCUUUACUGUAGUCUGUCUCAUCGGAAACAAGAGAACUAUCGAGGAAGAUGCCUUCGCCCUGCGCAACGGUGCAGAGAUCAUCGUAGCCACCCCUGGUCGGUUGGUCGACUGUCUCGAGAGGCACUUGCUUGUGCUUUCGCAGUGCUCAUACGUUGUUCUUGAUGAAGCAGACCGUAUGGUUGAUGGAGGAUUCGAGGAUUCCAUCCACAAGAUUCUUGCCGCGCUGCCGCCGUCGAACGGAAAGCCAGACGAUCGGGAUGCCGAAGAUCCAAACAUCAUGUCCAAAUUCCUCACACCUAAUCUCCGGUACCGGCAGACUGUCAUGUACUCAGCCACGAUGCCGCCCAGUGUUGAAAGAAUCGCCAAAAACUACCUCAAACAUCCGGCAAUGGUUACAAUCGGAACCAUUGGUGAGGCUGUGGACACAGUAGAACAGCAAGCCAUGUGGGUGGUUAGCGAGGACGAGAGGCGCAACAAACUCAGGGCAAUGCUUAACACGUACGGCACCGGGAAACUUGUCAUCGUCUUCGUCAACACAAAGAGUAAUUGUGACGCAGUUGCCAAGGAUCUCAAGUCAUCGAGUUUCUCAGCCGUUACCUUACACGGAAACAAGACACAGGAUCAACGUGAGGCCGCACUUCAGUCGUUCCGCGAUGGCAGGACAAACGUUUUGGUGGCUACUGAUGUGGCUGCUCGUGGUUUGGAUAUUCCCGACGUGUCGCUCGUCAUCAACUUCAACAUGGCUGGCACAAUAGAGGUGUACACCCACCGUAUCGGACGUACUGGACGUGCUGGAAAAGAAGGUAUGGCUAUCACGUUCUGCGGCCCCGAGGACCAUGGUGUGCUGUACCACUUGAAGCAAAUCAUGAGCAAGAGUCAAAUGUCCAAGGUUCCUCCUUGGUUGAAGGAUCAUCCCGAGGCGCAAUCCAAGCCUACAUUUUAAGGUUGAUGCAGACGCAAGUGAUCCUGCAGUGUACAUUUCUUUUGCCUAGUCUAAACUACCGCAUCCGUGAUUCUUUUUCCCAAUAUACCCAUGACGCACUUCCAUUUUUGUUUCUGGGCCUCUUUCUCCUGCUGUUCCUGACCCACUUGUUACUUGCCCCUCUCGACCUCUUGACAUUCAGCUUGUGCUCCACGGAAGAAUGUGGCAAUCGGCUCGGCGAAUUCUUGUAAAUAAUGCUGACGGGUUGUCUUUGAUCCAUCCCAUCUUAUCUGAUGCGUACCAAUGCCCCAACUUGGCUUCGUGCAGUAUCAGCGCCCUGUGGAGUCCCGCUGAUGAAGGCGACCCAGGUGCUAGUUGUGAGGCCAAGAUAAGUUGGCAGUUCGAUUGGCUCUGCCAUAACAAGUCCGAAGUCCAAUUUAUAUUGCUGGAUUGAGUAUUCAAACCCUUGAGGAGACGCCAAGUUGACUAGUCGACACUUUCUGAUUUAGGGUUAGAAAAUCAGGGGAAAUAGAAUAGAAAAAAGCCAAACUAUAAUUCUGCCUGUCGUACAUGGUAUGUAUGCUAUGAACAAUAUUCCCCUUCCCUGGCAA